AUGAUCAACCAGACAAAGAGCGGGCAGACAAAGUGUAAAUACAAGGAGAACGGCAUCAAGAGCCUCUCUCAGAGUCUCUACUCGCAUCUACCAGAAACAGCCGAGACUCAGUUAGCACGAACUGUGUCUGAGCUGCAGAGUGAGGCCAAGUACAAGGAGGCGAGCAAAAAGGAGGCGACCAGCUGUCUGUACCAUCAGCUGCCUGAAACACUGGAGACUCAGCAUGCUAAAGAGGCUACUGAGCUACAAAGUCAGGUGAAAUACAAGGACGGUAAGAAGGAGCUGAGCACCAACCUGUACUCACUGCUGCCUGAGACAGAGGAGAUCAAGUUUGCUAAAGCAGUGACGGAGCUUCAGAGUGAGAAUAAAUACAAGCAGAAAGGCAGACAGGAGAUCAGCAGCAGUGUUUUCCAUCAGAUGCCGGAGACCAAAGAGAUGGAGUUUGUUAAGCACAUCUCAGAAUUUCAGAGCGAGUCAAAAUACAAGAAGGACAAAGAGGAUCUGCCCAACACUUUGUACUCGCUGCUGCCUGAAACUCUGGAGACUCAGUUUGUUAAAGAGAUGGCUGAGACACACAGCGAGAAUAAAUACAAAGAGGCGGGUAAGAAGGAGAUGGUGAAGUGUCUGUACUCUCUGCUGCCCGAGACCAAAGAAACUCAGCAUGCCAAGGAGCAGAGCCAGCUGCACAGCGAGAAAGCUUACAGGGAGGAGAGCAAGAAAGAAGCCGGCUGUAGUCUCUAUGCCCAGAUGCCCCAAACCAUCGAGACCGUGUUUGCCAAAGAGCUGAGCAAGACACAGAGCGAUAAACUCUACAAGGAGAAAUAUAAUCGGGAGAAGGGGAAGUCCAGCUACACCAACAUGAAGACGCUUCCUGAGGUGGAGCACGCCAUGGAGGUCAACAAGAAGCAGAGUGAAGUCAGCUACAGGAAAGGUAAAGAGGAGCUUCAUCACUACAACACCAUCCCAGACAGACCUGACAUCGUGAACGCCACCAACGCAGCUAAACUGGCCAGCGAUGUGACCUAUAAGAGUAAUACUAAGCAGCCCGUCUACAGUGACGAGUCUCUUCUGGCCAGAACCGACAUCCAGCACGCCAAAGAGGUCUCAAAACUGGCCAGCCAGGUGAAGUAUAAGGAGAGCUUUGACAGACAGUUAAAGGGGCAGAAACCUCAAUACAACCCGCUGGACUGUGUUUCCUUCAAACAAACGCAGGCUGCUGCUGCUCUGGCCAGUCAGGUGAAAUAUAAAACCAACCAGAACCAGAAACCAGACGGUUCUUCCGACCUCCCGAACCUCCUGCAGCUGGAGCACGCCCUGCACGCCACCAAGCUUCAGAGCAAUGUAGAGUAUAAGAAGAAGUACGAGCAGACGAAGGCUCAUUACCACACAGCUCUGCACACGGCUGAACAGCUCCACCACAAGGAGAACGCAGUGCUGCACAGCCAGGUCAAGUACAGAGAGGAGUAUGAGAAGAACAAAGGUCGCUCCCUGAUGGAGUUCGGAGACACUCAGACCUACAAGGUGUCCAAGGAAGCACAGAAGAUGCAAAGCGAGAAGGAAUAUCGGAAGGACUAUGAGGAGCAGAUGAAGGGCAAAGCCUUGGUGGAUGUCGACCAGACGCCUGGAUACCUGACAGCGCGCCAUGCUAGCAGCCUGCUGAGCGAGAAAGAGUACAAGAGGGACCUGGAGCAGGAGGUGAAGGGGCGGGGCUUAUCUGGUGUUGGUCUUGAAGAGACACCUGAGCUGCUGAGGGUCAGAAAAGCCAAUCAGAUACUGAACCAGAAGGAGUACCGCAAAGAUCUGGAGAGGGAGAUUGUGGGGAAAGGCAUGGAGCUGAGUGCUGAUGUGCUGGAGAUGCAAAGAGCCAAGAGAGCCUCACAGAUCCAGAGCCAGAAGUCGUACAAGCAGACGGAGCAGCUCAGAGAACACUCAUACGGGUCGGUUACAGACACUCCUGAGCUGCUGCACGCCUCCUACCUCAAAGACGUCUACAGCCAGAAGAAGUAUAAAGACGAGGCGCAGCGACUGAAGGGACGCUACAGUCUGGUUUCUGAAACCCCCGAGAUGGAAAGGGUCAAAGCCAACCAGAGACACGUCAGCUCUCUGCGAUACUGCUGGGACUCAAAGAUGAUGAGAAACCUGACGUCAUCGGUCACAGAGACGCCAGAGAUCGUCCUCGCCAGAGAGAACGCCAAGAAGAUCAGUGACGUCCGGUACAGGGAGGAGGUGGGUUGUGGCACCGCAGUCAUGGACACACCUGAGAUGGAGCGAGUCCGACGUAACCAGGAGAACAUCAGCUCAGCAAAGUACCACGAGGACUUUGAGCGGGCGCGCGGUCGAGGCUUCACGCCGGGGUUGGACGAUCCCAGCAUGGAGCGCUACCAGAGAGCCAAUCAGAUGAUGGGAGAGGCGGGCUACAACAAAGGCAUGCACCACCAGGUGACAGAGAUGGACAGACGACCAGGAGGCAUCAUCGUAGACCUGAAGGUGUGGAGGGCAGACCCAGGCUCCAUCUUUGACUUUGACCCUCUUGAGGACAACAUUCAGUCCAAAAGCCUCCGCAGGAUGUCUGCUCCUGUGCUCCCUGGAGCGUACCAUCAGGGCGUCCAGAUGCAGCAGCAGCAGCAGUAUCACGGCUACAUGCAUCAGACCAGCAUGUCAUCUGUCAGAUCUGUCACCUCUCCUCCACACUCAGGCACCAUGCGUGUUUACCGUGCGCUGUAUGACUACGCGGCUCAAGAUCACGAUGAGGUCUCAUUCAGGGACGGCGACGUCAUCAUCAACGCUCAGCCCAUUGACGAGGGCUGGAUGUACGGCACCGUGCAGAGAACCGGCAAGUCCGGCAUGCUGCCGGCAAACUACGUGGAGUGUUGCAACUAA